AUGAAGGACCUUCUUUUGGGUUGCGACACAAGCACGGCAUCUGCAAACACAGAAACAGAUAUUGUAGAAACUACUGCAUCAGCUAGCCCUAUAUUCAAGAGUAAUCCACGUGUAAGACGGUGUCUAAAUUUUGAUCUGCCUGCUGCCGCUGAGGGCAGUAAAAAACCAGAAUUGUCAAGCAAUCAGCCUAAUCCACUAGCUGCUGAACUAAAGCCAAAGUUGUUGUGUAGUUCUGAUCAAAAUACUAUGAAAUCUCUUGCUGGAGAAAAUAAGGUACAAUGGUUGAGUAGUUUGAACUUAAAGAGAGGAACUGCAGCAAUACCAAAUGAAUUAAGCAGCUAUAAUGUCAAAUGUAAAGCUGCUGAAGUGAAGCCAAUAAAGUGCAGUAAGUCUAAUGACAAACCAAAAUCUGCUGAAGUCAAUAAGCCACUGUGGUCUAAUAGUCAAACUAAAUCAAAUGCUGCAGAAGCCAAGCAAAUGAAAAGAUCAAGUAGUUAUGACAGGCUUCCAGAGAAGGAAAAUCCUCCUUAUGCUUUCAAAGGAAAGACUGUAAGAGGAAAUAAAAGGAAAGCAUUCCCAGGACAUGCUUGCACAGACUGUGAGGGAUAUUACGAGUGUGCUGGAGUGCAAGGUGAUAUCAAUAAGGUUUCUCGUCACAGGGCUCAGCACCCACCUGUGCGCUCUCCAAAAGGGUUCUGGAGUUUGGAUUUCCCAAGCACUCAGGAACUGCGGGAGAGGCAGUCAGCGUUACCUUCUCCUGAAAAAGAGUGGAGAUUCUAA